CUAAAGGAUGAGGCUUAACUGUUUUUAGGUCUCCUAGGUUCAUCCUCAAUGGAGCCCACUAAAGGAUGAGGUUUAGCUGUUUUUAGGUCUCCUAGGUUCAUCCUCAAUGGAGCCUACUGCUGCUGAACUCAAGGCCAAGCUUUCUCAAAUGAAGAAAAUCAAGAGUAGCAGCAAGAGCGGUGGUAAGCGCAAGUCAGAACCUAGCUCUGGCAAUGGCUCCAUACCUCCUGCCAAGGUGCUCAGGACUGGCAUGUCACAUACUUCCUCGUCCCCAGCUGUCCUAGAUCUCCCAUCUCAAGGUGUUUCACUUUUUGCUCCAAGCGUUGCUGCUUUAGGACAGGCAUCUCCUUCAGCCUCUAAGGUCGACAGAGCUCUAGAAGAGACCACCCGAAUCCUAACCUUUCUCGAUCCCCCCUCUGCAUCAUUUUCUCGACCCCUUUCUGAAAGCUUCAAGGCUUUGAAGAAGGAGCAUCUCAAGGUAGAAAAGAGCGAAGGAUCUUUUCUCGACAGCCUUGACCUCGCUACUGGAGCCUUUUCUUCUAUUCUUCCCAACUCAGAUGUAAAAAAGGCUCUCUUAAUAUCCCUUGAGGAUUCAAUAGCUCUGUUUAUCAUGGAUAAGCUGCAGUAAGUUCUCACUUUCUGCCUUACACAUACAACAUUGUUUUUUUUACCCGAACUUCACUAACUUUUAUCUGUUUCCCUCU